GGCGGAUCGAUUAAUGAAGACAGCGCCCUCAACCUUAAGCAAACGAUGGCGAUUUACAAGUUUUCGGUGGCUUCGCCCUGAACCCACUUUAGAACGUUUUGAAAUUAUGUCACAACACUGCAAAAAGUCCAAAACGUUUGGAUUUGGUAUUUGUGUAAUAGGACUUGGAGCUGUGCUAAAGUUGCAGGUCUCAAUUCGGGGGACUUUAGAGCAGCCUGAAGCCGCUUUGGAGACGAAGCCGACAAUUGGAAAAGAACGCAAACAGCCGUGUCCGAAUCACAUGGCUGUGGCUUGAAACUGCACACGACAUUAUGGAAACUGGCUCACCAUGGACUCGUAUGUGAUUUCUAGCCGCAGCCACGGCCAGGGAAGCAGAUGCAGACUAGACGUGGUUUACACUUUUCAUAUUUUGCUCAGCUUCGCGUCAUGAGGUUGGUGAACUUCACGCACGUGUGAUCAUGGUGUGAUACGCGUGACGACCCACAUAUGUACACUGUACACAUAGGCCUACCUCAAAUGCCACAAAUUUUAAACAGAUUCGUUGCUGAUACUUCGACUACAUGUUCGACUACGUCAGAGGCCCCACUGGCAGAGUCCACACCUGAAAACUUUAUUCCCAUUCACAACACUGAACGCUGAACAAGCGAUGAAAUGAGUGAGCAAACUCCACCCCUGCUUGUGGCCUUAGUGUCAGGGGGCUUGGCUGGGACUGCAGUUGACGCCUCCCUCUUCCCCUUGGACACAAUCAAGACACGCCUCCAAAGCUCCGAUGGAUUUCUCAAAGCUGGGGGAUUCCGUGGAAUCUAUGCUGGCCUAGGGCCGGCGGUCUUGGGGUCGGCACCCACGGCCGGGGUGUUCUUCUGUACAUACGAGCUCACUAAGCACAUAAGCUCCUCGCUGGGGUCGGCUGGCAACUAUUAUGAGCCCAUCACACACAUGAUGGCAGCGUCAUUGGGUGAAGUCGUCGCCUGCCUGAUCCGAGUACCUGUGGAGGUAGUGAAGCAACGCGCUCAGGCUAGUCGGCAUGCCAGCACCAGCAUCCUCAGAUCAGUCUUGCGUGAAGAAGGGGUGAGAGGGCUGUACCGCGGCUACCUCAGCACCGUCAUGCGGGAGAUUCCAUUCUCGAUCAUCCAGUUCCCCCUGUGGGAGAUUUUGAAAGUGAGAUGGGGCCAGUGGCAAGGGAGACCGGUCGAUGCUUGGCAGUCGUCCAUUUGUGGGGCAGUUGCUGGCGGCAUCUCUGCAGGAGUUACCACUCCUCUGGAUGUGGCCAAAACAAGGAUCAUACUAGCAGCCAAAGACAGCAAGGAGGCAAAAGGGAACAUCCCCGGUGUGCUGAAAGACAUUAUGAGGACCAGGGGAGUUCGUGGGUUGUUUGCCGGGGUCGUCCCCAGAGUUCUGUGGAUCAGCAUUGGGGGAGCCAUAUUUUUGGGUGUCUACGAAAAGGCCAAAAUAUCACUGCUAAAAUUAAACAGCCCUGACAUCAGUUCAUAAGGUGCCUUUUUGUACAAGUUACAAAACAACUGCUCAGGACAAAUUUCUAUAUACAUUGUACUACAUGUAUCAAGAAUGAUACAUGUAUUCCUAGUUCGUGAACCCACCCACACCUACCUUACAUACAUUGUACCUAGUGUGGACAUUUCUUUCUUUUCAUGCAGUUAAGAAAACUCAGUGAAAAUGCUCAUUUUCUU